CUACCCGUCCUGGAUACUAGUUUCACCGUUGAAAAACAUCAACAUAGUAACCCGGGAAAGGCGACCUCUGAAAGACAAGACGACAUAUUUCCUUAAGGAAACUUCACAGCUGCUUUGGACACGAUGACUUUUUCUAAAGAAAGUUGAAAUAAUGGAUAUAUGUCGCUGUAAAAAGUUGGUAGUUUAGUUGCCGUAGCUUUUGGCUAGUCUACUAGCUAACGUUAGCUGGCUAACGCUAACGGUAGCAAACAGAUCGCUAAAGGAAAUCAAAAGCGAACUGUGGAUAUUUUAGGAGUUUCGUAUUAUGAGUUCAUCAGCGUAAAUGUGGACAAUUAGACACACCGGGUCGUCCUCCUAAAGGUGAGUGGGAGAGAUGAGGAGCAGCAGGAGGACUGAAGUACCCCAUACAAGAUCUGCUCAACUGCUUACUGAUCACAAUAUUGGCACAGAGCUGACAACUGCAUGGAAAACUUUGGCCCAGUCCAAAGCUGCUCUGCGGCAUAUAGAAAAUCGCUUGGAGGCCACUCCAGGAACUGCUGCUCUUUUGGACUCCAUCCCCAUCUCCCCCAAGAAGAAAACAUCAAGUUCAUCUCGCAGCAGGGAUGGGCAACAAGGUGAUGAAUCUAGAGGGACUUCAAAACCCAGAGGUGGAAAUCAGAAGAGUCCAGCGAAGAGCAGCUCACGCAGCCCUUUGAGAAAUGCCACUCAGGACAGCAAUGUGCGGAAGAACAGCAAUGUGGAGUUCAGAGAACCUCUGGCCUCAUACAGGAAUUGUAACACCUGUAAGUUACUGAUACAGUUUCCUCAGAUGAGCAAUAACAGAUUUUUGAUUUGCCGUUUUCACAGACCCAAACUGGUUUCCUCGUCCUGCUCUCCAGACCUCAGUUCUUCUCUAACUGCAGACUCUCUCAGUGAGCAUGUGAGAAGAAGCUCUCAUAAUCCCAAAACAUCCAGCAGAGCAGAGUCAUGGUCCGCAGGCGAGCUACAAUAUUCACCUGCUGUCUUGCAGCAGCGCAUGGCAGCAGAACUGCAGUACUUGGAGACCAUUGAAGAGUCAAUCAAGCAGCUGGGAGACGUGGAGAAGCUAAUGGGUGUGUCCAUGGCACAACAGGAGAGCGCAUCAUUGACCCAAAUGCUCAAGGCCAAGCAGCACCGCCAUGAGCAGGAGCUGUAUGAGCUGAAGAUCAAGACCGAAAGAGAAGCUCUCGAGACAAAACUCCAACUAGAAGAAAACAGACAGAGAGUUGCCAGAGCUCAUUUAGAGCUGCAGGAAAACUUGGCAACAUCACAAAAGCAAACUUUGGAAGGUCUCCAAGAGUCGACUUCUAAGAUGAUGAGCCAACAGGCUGAAGCAGCACGAUACACAGCAGAUGCUGCCCGACACAUUAAGGAGAUGACAGACCUGGCACGAUCUCAGAUUGCGGGGCAUUUGAUAAUCCCUCCUGUUGCCACUGAUUCUGCGAUGUUGGUCCAGCAGGAAGAACUAAAUAGUCCCUACACAAAGCAACAAGACAUGGAAGACUCUAGCAGAUUUAAAAGUGAGAUUUCAGACCACAGGAUCAGGUCUGGAGAGCCCUCAGCAUCACAAAACAGCCCCUGUCAGUCUGACUCUCCAUCUUUCAGAAGACCAAACAUCAGCGGGUCUCCAUAUGGAAGUCCAUCACGUGCUCCAUCAGACCACACAGAAAGGCUGAACACACAGUCUGAGAGAAAACAGAAGAAUGAGAGAGUUGAGGAGAGGACGAAGGCGGAAGCAGCCAGCAGCUCUAUUGAGGAGGACGUUAUAACAGCAGCAAAUGAGUCACUCUACAGCGAAAGUAUCGCCUCUGCAGGGGACGAGAAAGGAGACACUACAUCUGCGGCCACUGAGUACUCUCUAAAGUUUGACGAGUCCAUGACGGAGGACGAGAUAGAGGAGCGCUCUUUCCGUUCUCUGCUGCCGUCCGAAGCUCAUCGUCGGGGAACCAUGGAGAAGAAGUCGCACCAUCAGAAGGAGGAAGGCGCAGUCUGCCUCAAUGAAACGUUGGUCCCAGAGAUGGGGUCAUGCAGUUCCUUCAAGUCUCAUGAUGCACACAUAGCCUUUUCUGGUGGACAGGACAGCUUUUCUCAGUUCACAAUGGAAAUGGUGCGUCAGUACAUGAGGGAUGAAGAGGUAAGACUGCAGCACCAGAGCUCUCUGCUCCAUCUACGGCAGAAAGCCCUUAAGGAAAAGACGAGGACAGAAGUAGCCUGGCUUGAGCACCAAAAGAAAAAGCUGAGAGACAAAGGAGAGGAUGACAAAAUGCCACCAAUCAGGAAGAAGCAAAGGGGACUUCUGCUUAAACUCCAACAGGAGCAGGCUGAGAUCAGGAGACUCCAGGAAGCCAACAGAGCAGCUAGAAAAGAAAGACAGUUGUUGCUGAAACAGCAGGAAGAGAUAGAACGGAUGAGAAACUCAACACUUAGACUGAAGGAGCGUCUCAAGUAUGCAGAGGGAGACGCUCCCCCUGAGAUGCCGGUGUCAGAGCCUUCAGGGUCUGAGAGACUUCCUGGUGAAAACCGCACCCCCUCUCCUUCGCUCUCCAUUUCUGGAAGUGAAACCAGCAGCAUCAUGCAGAAGCUUAAGAAAAUGCGAUCUCACAUGGAUGAGAAACACUGUUCCCCUGUCCACUACUUCUUCUCUGUGUUCACGGCCCACCACUGGGCCUCCCUCAGUGUCUGUCUUCCCAACCUCCACCCUAAAUUCCAGCUCUUUAUCUACAACCAGUUGGUCAGGUUUCUGACCAAGCGCGAGCAGCAGCUGAUGCAAAGGCGACACCAUGCUGAGGAGCUGCUCCAGUGGAAACAACAACUGGACAAGGAGGAGGCGGAGGUACGAAGGAUGGAGAAAGAGGCCUUGGCCGCCUGGAACCAGAGAAGACCUCUGGACAAGGACCAUAAAACACCUGAGAGCGUUGGAAAAGAGAUCAGUGAAACUGGGUCACAGGCCUCUCACCACCAAAGCUUAGAGGCCAGAUCUGACAGUGAAAAGGAGCUUGUAAGCGAGGACAAUUGCUCCUCAAUUACGACCGAGUCCAGUAUACACACAGAGGCGGCGGCUUCUCAGCACCCACUCAGCGCGUCCUCAGCACCGCCGGCUUCAGUCGUUGAAACACCUCUGGCUUCCGUUCAGAGCAGCCAUGCUACCUACACACAGGACUUUUCCACCGAGUCACAGUUACCUCCUGCAAAAUCCUCUUCAGUCGAGGGCAGCCGCAGCCCUGCUGCCUCUCCAUUAGACAGCAGCAGUAAGACCAAGAUGCAACACCGCUCCACCUCCCGGACACACAGCAAGGUUUUCCCUGAGGUCCUCGGAGCCGCCACAGCUAUGCCGUCUGAAAACAUUUCAGACCAGAGUGACAUCGAGAGUCGUAUCAAGGCACUGAGGGAAGAGCUGAAGAAACGUAAGAUCAUGGCCCACCAGCUGAAAAAAGAGCAGAAGAAGCGGCACAAGGAGCGCCUGAAGGCACAGGAGGCAACUCUGUUGAAGAAACUGGAGAACUACAACAACUUUAUUGAGAAAACGAAGGCGGAACUGAACAAAGAGCCAGACUCGACUCCUGAGACGACAUCACACAUAAAUGAUUCCAGCUGCAUUUUGGAGCAGUCAUCUGUUAAACCCUCUUCACACAGGUCUGACGCGAUCAAAAGCGCCACCUCUGACCGGACUCUUAUUGAUGCAUCAUUAGAUCACAAUGCCAUUCCUCAGCCGAACGAUAGCAGAACCGCAUCCAGAGAUUUGCCCAAAGAUUCUCCCAGUGUCGUCGUGUACAGCAGACCAGAAAGCAAUCAUCUAUCAGAGCCUCUCUCAAGAUCUUUUUUCAAGCCAGAGUCUGAGGAGGAGAAGGCUUUGUCUGAUCACAGAUCUGACAUUGAGGAAGAGUUGGAUGUGGAAGUGAACUCCAGGUCUGAGGACGAACAGUCUCGCCACCUUCUCAAGCUUGACUCUCAGGAGAAGCUAACUGCAUCUGAAGGCGUUCUGCCUUUCGCUAAGGAGGAACACGAGCAGUCUCUGCCUGGCAGUUUAGAUCAGGACGAGCCGAAGAAACGCAACAAAAUACCCGAGGCGGAGGAAGCUGUGAUGUCAAAUAAUAUUACACCCGGAGCUCCUUUUUCAGCUGUUGUCAACCUGGAAGCUUCACCACAUUCAAGCCGCAGCCCUUCACCCGCUGAGCACCCUCUCUCCCCACACUCAGAGGGCUUCUCGCUCAAUAAAGAUCCACUCAUAAAGGAUGUUGAGGCUUCUGCUGGAACCGACGGUUAUCAGGAGGACUUUGAAUCAGCUAAUUCUUCCCCUAGGGACGAGCAUAUUUCUAAACAUGAGUCUCAAAACUCCAUUCCCUACACAGAAAGUAAGCAUUCAACUGAGAAGUCACCCAGGGCAACCACUCCAUUUGACCAUCAAGAUGGUGAAGAAGAAGAAGAAAUACCUGAGGAGAUGAGUCAGCAUUCUGGCGUCGGUGAACAAAGCCACCAUUCAGAAAAGUUACUGGAACUCCGGCCAAAGGAAGAAGAUAUAAAAUUAGACAAUAAGACAGAGUUUUCCAGCCAAGCACCUGCGUCUCCUCCACCCAUCGAAGAUGAAAUGCCAGGUUUCCACCUUGGAGACCGGGUUCUUGUCGGAGGUGUUCAGCCGGGCACACUGAGAUUUAAAGGGCAGACCAGCUUUGCCAAUGGCUUCUGGGCUGGCGUGGAGUUGGACAAGUCUGAGGGGAGCAACAAUGGCACUUAUGAUGGAGUUGUUUACUUUGAGUGUGAGGAAUCGCACGGCAUCUUUGCUCCUCCAGACAAAGUCUCCCACCUCCCAGACAAGUUUGAGCUCUAUGCAGACACCACAGAAGAUGAGGACUCGUUCUUCGACGACUUAUCUGACAAAGGCGAGAAAAAACACAAAAAGGUUAAAGACGGUUCUCCAAAAUGGGAAGAUCCAGAAAUGCAAAAUGAACAAACGUCUGACAAGGAAACUAAAUCCAAAGACGAAAUGGUUUUGGAUGAGAACGAUCAGAUUCCACUCAAGAACAAAGCCCACCUCAAUUCACAGCACCAGAAAGAACCUGAGCAUCAGAUUUGUAACGGCAACAUCAUUUUGGACUUUACUGACGAAUCUCGCACAUUCCUCAUCCCGGACGAAGACAGAAUGGAGGAGAAGAAUGAGAAGACGACCGCAAUUAUUGAGAGAAACGAUGUUGAUAUCAAGGAGGAUUUGAUUCCUAUGGAUGAAAUCAAGACUGAUAAGAGAGAACAGAAGAGCAGGGAUCUGGUGGAGACAUUCGCAGAGGAGCUCAUCAACAACUUUAUCAAAGAUUCCUUUAAGCAAUGCGUUGACAUAAAAAGGGCGAAGGAAGACAAGAUCAGAAAUGCCAACCAGUCCGAUGGAUGUUCGUUUGUUGAAAAUAACGACGAAAAGUGGAUCUCUUCAGUGGAGCAAAAAGAUAACCUGCCCUUCUUUCUGCCGGCUGAGAAGGAGGAGCUGUCUUCUCCUGAACUGUGCAACAGAUCAGAGAGUCCAGUGUUUGGCCCCAGUGGUCAAGAGAAGCUUGCUAAGCGUCUGGCUGAGCUGGAGCUGAGUCGUGAGCUGCUGGAGGAUCUCGGUGAUGAUCAGGACUGGUUUGAUGAGGACUUUGGGCUCAGCUCACGGAGACACCAGCAGAGACUCAAACAGAAAGAAGAGCUGGGAGGUGAACUUGGGAGGUCAGCCUCAUCAUCAGGGCCGCACAUGGGGGAGAUGGUUUCAUCGUUAGGUGGGGAAUCACAGGUGAAGACCCCACCGAGACCUGAGCUACCCCUCCCCUUACCUCCCAAACUACCCGAGCAGCCCGCCAUGGUUGUGCCCCACUCGGCCACAGAGGUGGAGAAAAUGGUCCAUUCUGCCACACAGGAGAUCUGGGAGACCUUUGACCUGGGAAGGGAGGGGUCUCUUAUCCUUGAACAUCUUCCAAAGCCGACGCCUUCCCCGGAGUAUUUAGGUAAAGAGUCCAGCAGCCAGGACCAGGAAGCCCUCUCCAUCAGCAGCUACAAAAAGGCUGUGUAUGACCUGACAUGGGAGAUACUGAAGGAGAUUUUUGCUGAAGACCCGAACACUGAUCAGCCUCAGUGGGUCAAACCACGGCAAGUCAAGUCCUCCUCCAUUCACAGAGUCAAGACGUCUGGAGACAUCAGCAAAAUUCAGGAAUUUGUCACGGAAGAAGUGUUGAAACUGUACGGUCUGACACAAGAUGAGAAUCAAAAGACCGACUGGCAGAAGAUGCUCAAAUUUGGCAGGAAGAAGCGGGACAGAGUGGAUCACAUACUGGUCCAGGAGCUCCACGAGGAAGAGGCCCAGUGGGUUAACUACGACGAGGACGAACUGUUUGUCAAGAUUCAGCUGGCAGACAGCAUCUUUGAGGCUUUGCUGAAGGACACUGUAAACACUUUCACACUAAUUUCUGACAAGAGAGCCAAAAGAGGAGCUCUCUCCUGACCGCCUGGAUUUCAAAACACGACUUCUUGCUCAGUCCUGGUGUCUCCUCGCCACUGUGAAAUUCAAACCUAACUCUAAAACUUCAUCUGGUCAUCUUCCAGUAGGAACUCUCUUGAUGCCUUCAGUUCCACUGUUUUCUUAACAGCUGAGCAGACUGCGGCUGUAGCUUUUACUUGCUGAAUUUUCCUCCACUGUAGUUUUUGGUUUAAUUUGUUUCACACACAGAAUGCCUCUUCAGCAACCCCUGCCUUCCCAAACCACAGAGCCACCCAGUCUCAGUUCUCACCUCAUUGACUGGUCAUUUUCAUUCCUCCCAGUUGAGACUAAUUGGGGUGGACUGUGCCAUGAGAAAGUCCAUGAGUGCUGCUAAACUGGUUGUUCCACCGUGGAUCUAAAUGUACUCUCCAUGCAGAAGAACUAUGUAUUAAUUGAACUUAUGUGGAAUGUUUUGAAAAAAAAAAAAAAGCAAUAGAUUAAUAAUUGAAUUAAUGAAAUUGCACAGCGCAAUCUGUUAUUUGAUGGUAGGCUUUGGUUUUUCAUGUCCAUAUGAAGGUAUUUGUCUGAAUAUUGUGGGAAGUUUUGACCUGCACUGUUCCCACUGCAGACGAUAAUUACUUCAUGCCUGGACUUGGGCAAAACCAGCACAUGCUCAGUUGCACUGAAGUCAGCAGAAAAUGGUUGGAAUGGUUUUAGAGUUACGGUAAUAAAAAAACUAAAAAAACAGUGCAACACACCAUGGACGUGAAAACCCUUACAUGUCUCCGAUCAGACUGCAUUAUAUUGGCACAUUAAAAAAAAAAAAUCUGAUCUA